AUGGCAGCUAUACUAUAUUCCUUCAUAAGAAUACCUCUCAAAAAUGAAUGUGACGUAGUUGUACCAGAAUUUCCAAAUAGUGUACCCGUAGGAAUAAUUAGAUGGGUUAAAAAAGUAGGGGACGGAGUUGCAGUAGGAGAAACAGUGUGCUUAAUCGAGACGAAAAAUACUGUAAUUGAAAUACCUUCACCAUUCGAUGGUAAGCUGAGGUCAAAAUAUGUGAAAGAUGGAACAGUUGUUAGUUCUACAGAUAAAAUUUUUCGAAUAAAAUUCAGACCUGGUGAGAAAAAUGAAAGAUCGAAAUUUGGCAAUCUAUCAGCGGAAACUUCAAAAAGUGAGCAUGUCCCUAAAAUCAAUAUGGAAAAUCAGCCCGCUAUUAAAAUCGAAAUGCUGUCGAAACAUGUUACAAAGCCGCCAUCUUUUGAAAAUUCACUUUUUGUACACCUCCGAAACUCCGUUCGGAAAAUUGUAAGUACCAGAAGUGAAUUUGUAGUAAGAAUGACUAAAUUAAGAAAAAAGAGUGCAGAAAGGUUAAAACAGUCGCAGAAUGAGGCUGUAAUGCAAACUAUAUUCAACGAGAUUGAUAUGUCGACUGUAAUAGCCUUUAGGAAAGCACAUCAACAAGAUUUUAAAAAGAAGUAUGGAAUCAAAAUGGGUUUUAUGUCCACAUUCCUUAAAGCAGCCGCAUAUGCACUUCAAGAUCAUCCGAUAGUCAAUGCCUAUAUAAAGGGAAACGAAAUUAUUUACAGAAACUACAUAGAUAUAUCUGUACCAGUUGCCAUUCCUGCAGGUUUAGUAGUUCCGGUGAUAAGAAAUGUUCCCAAUAAGAGCUUUGCGGAUAUUGAAAGAGCAAUAUGUUAUUUUCGCGAAAAGGGCAAAAAAGGAAAAUUGUCAUUAAAAGAUAUGAAUGGGGGAACUUUUACAAUAUGUAAUGUGGGAGUUUUCGGUUCGCUUGGCGGCAUACCAAUCAUAAACCCUCCCCAAUCAGCUAUUUUAGGAAUGCACGCUGUAACUGAAAGACCCGUGGCUAUGAGAGGAUAUGUUAUCAUCAGGCCGAUGAUGUAUGUAGCUCUGACCUUCGACAAUCGGUUGAUUGACGGCCGAGAAGCUGUUUUAUUCCUUCGAAAAAUUAAAAAAAUUGUUGAAGAUCCAAUGAUCAUGAUAACUGGAGUGUGA